AUGUGCUCGCUUUCUCCGAACAUGCUGAACGGUCGCAUUGCGGCACUGGUUCUUGUACUCUCAGAGGGCGACGAGGCUGGCCAGUGCCCGCUUUCGAAAUUCGUCCGUAGUAUUCGUGAGUCAUCAAAGGCACAGCAGCAGCGCUCUUCAAAUGGUGGCCUCGCCCAUGGCGACUUGUCAUCGCGUGCUGCUUCGGCCAUGUCUCAUUUAAGUGAUAUAGUGGCUGAACGGUCGUUGGCUCUUACGAACGAGGAAGAAGCAAUACUGCGAGACAUGGAGGCGGUGCGUCUCACAUACGAUAAGCUUCGAGCGGAGGUGGCGCGUGUCGAGGCGCAGCUGCAGUCACUGGAGCGUCGCGCCCAGGAGGUGGCACAACAAAAGGCGUUCUGCAAGACUGCUAUGAACAUGUUGGUGAUGGGUGAGUUGCCUGAAUUCUUCGAGCGCGAGGUCGAUGUGGUUGGCCGCUCCCCGCGCGAGAACGUCGGCGCAACCACGGAAGUUGCUGCCGCUGCCACCAUUGAUGGGCCUAACGAGGUUCCAACCAGCUCCAACUCACCAAGGCGUUCCGCUCGCUCCGUUGUGUCAGGUAAGUUUCAGCAACGAAUGCCAGCGGAAAAUGGCGGUGACGCGAGCUCGCCUGAUACUACAGGAGAAAAGAGAGGCGAAAAGGUAGCCCCCGAUGAAAGCAGCGAGGAGUCGUCAAGCAGCGAAGGCGACAUUCAAGCGCGCCGGUCUCCACCGGACAAAGGGAACUCGUCGUUUCGAGGCAGUAGUGGAAGUGGCAACAAUAACUGUCCGAGUGGGAAUGCACUCCUCUCUAUGUUACGUUUACCCGAUGUGAAGGAGACAACUCUUCUACAUGCGAUUGAGAGUUAUGACGAACAAAAUUUCCGCAGGUCUUCAUGGACGUUAACACAACAAAAGGAGGUAUCGACAGUUCUCGUUGGUUUGCUAAAGCACAUUUUGCAUCCGCGCCCGCCGAUACAACUGGCUGAGCUGCGGAUACUUGGGCAUGUUGUAAGAGCCGCGUUUGGGAAUCAAAGCACGGUUGAUUCACCCUCAGUUCCCAUGUCGCGCUCACCCACAUUGAUACCUGAGGCAGUGGCCGUGUCACUUCUUCACACAAUGCUAAAGGAUGGUGCGGUUGUGACCACGUUUAUUCGCCUUCUUCAGAGCGUCAACGAUGAUGUGAAGUGCGAGGUUCUGGAGUGUCUUUCACCUCUCAUUAUCAACAGCAACAAUAACAAUAAUAAUAGUAACGCCAACAGCGGCAGCAGGAGCCUUUCCUCCAAAGUGCUAGACCCCGCAGGUGAGGGAAGGAGGCAACUUCCGGAUGGGAGGAAGGAAUUCAUUGCCGCAGGUGGUCUGCAGCCGUUGGUAAACAUUGUAGCAUCCUGCACUUCGGAAGCAGUGCUUGAGAGAUCACUUGUGCUUCUAUGGAGCCUUUUAGCACGCAAUGACGAUGAAGACAAGGUGCGUGACGAGGUGCGGCGUCUCGGCGGUCUCCGGGCGGUGCUCGAUCUCCUCUAUACGGAUUCUAUACCAAUAUUGGAGAAUGUUGCCAUGACUAUUGGAUAUAUCACUCGAGAAGAGGCUUCUAAGGUGGCCAUCCGCGAGGCAGGCGGAUUAGAGAAGUUGACUGCGACACUACGUCAUCCCUAUGAGUCCAUUCAGACGAAGGUAGCGGGGGCCGUGUGGAACUGCGCCAGCAACGCUGAGAACCGGACUUAUCUUCGUUACAUUGGCUGCAUUCCCGCAUUGAUAGAACUUUUAAGCUCCCCGCAACAAUUUGUGCAAGAGAACGCCGCUGGAGCACUGUGGAAUCUUAGCGUCGAUUCCGAAAACAAAACACAGAUUCUUGAAUAUGGUGGUAUCACAGAGCUUGCCCAUCUUAUAGCAAAAAGCACGAGUGUGAGUGUUGUGGAGAACGCCUCCGGCACGUUGUGGAACUGCAGUGCCGCAGUGGAGACGCGACCCGCCAUCCGCAAGGCGGGUGCAAUCCCUGUGCUUUUAUCUGUUCUAGACAGGAAAUCACAGACUACCAACCCGCGCAGGUCGAGAAACGAAGCUCCAACUACUUCAGGGUCAAAGGAUGACCUCGGGGGAAACCUUCCCAUCAGUGACAAAAUACUUGAUAAUGUGGCUGGUACACUGCGUAACUGUGCCAUCAACGACCAAAAUAAGCCAGUUAUUCGUGAGGCUGGUGGAGUAGAACUGUUGUUGAAGAAGCUUGAACAAGGCAUUGUGCAACAGCCGUCGAGCAUAAUUAUGCCAACGCUUGACAAAAUAGCGUCAACCCUAUGGAUUCUCACCAUAUCCCCUGAAAUAAAGCAUAGCGUGCGACUGAGUGGGGGAAUACCUCUGCUAACAAAGAUCUUGGAAAUAUCAUCAACCACGGCUGCAAAAGAGAAGAAUGCGAAGGUGGUGGUGCCGGUGAUGUUGAGUGUGAAGGAGAAGAUAGUUGGUAUUCUUCGCAACUGCUCGACUGUGCAGGAAAAUAGGCAGACGAUGGUUUCGGCUGGAGUUGUGCGCGCACUUGUAUACGUUGUGGACGACUGCUACCAGUACCCUGAAAGUUGUCAAAACACCAGGCGUUCUUCGUCGAACACUUCACAAAGCCAGCAGCAGCAACAACCAUCGCUUCAGCUCAAAGAGACGGUGGCUUCGGCUCUGUGGUAUCUUUCGCGGGACGACAAGGUGGUGCCCCGAGAGGAACGGGGUCUAGAGCUCCUUUGCCGGUUCCUGCUAGAGCCCGACCAGCCUUCUGUAGUGUUGGAACAGGCUGCUGGAGCACUAUCGUCAUUAACCGUAAACAGCCGAGAAAACCGAGCAAAACUGCGUGAAUUUGGCGGGUUGCAUGCCCUUCUUCAACUUAUUGCGGAGAAGGCGCCGCUUGCCUUCCCACCCCAGUCGGCGGGUGCGAGUGGCGCUGCAUCAGCGGCUAACACUGCAACUGCGACAGCAUCAACUAUCACGGUAAACCGCGCGACAACUUCUUCAAGCACUUUUGGUACGGGUACCGUCAAGAAAGAGAACACGGUGUCACAUGCCUAUGCUGUACUGAAUGGCCUUCUGGCAGUUCGCAAUAGCACAUCGUCGAAUGACGAGAAUCUUUGCUGUGUCGCCGAGUGGAAGGACCCGAAUGCGAAGGGAAAUACCGCGGCAGCCUCAUCCUUCACAAACUCGCUGCUGUACAUUAUUCAGCACGGUUCCGAGGACUGUGCUCGCGAGGCGGUGCUUUGUGUUAAAAACUUGUGUGGACAUGCCACAGCGUUAGAUUCCCUGAUUGCUCAGGAUGCGGUGGAAGUCCUUGGGGGCCUUGCGGAGCGGGGUUCUACUGACUCCGUUCGAAGAGCAGCAGCAAUGACGCUGCAUUCGCUUGCCCGUGCACGAAAGCGUUAG